AUGGCUUUUCGUUCUGGUAUUCACCAUCUUUCACCAUCUUUCACCAAGUCUCCAAGGAGCGUCCGCCACUCGGAAGUUGUGAUCGAAAACGUUGCAGCGAUAUACGGCGCUGGUUUCUCUGCGGGAAAUAUCGACAUUUCUGACAAUUCCAGGAUCCUCAUCCAGAACACCAGAUGCAGCAAGAAUGGUGGAGCCUUCCAAACAGGCGGACGUUUGCAGGUGACCCACAGAUCAGUUGUCAGCCUUCAGAACGUGACCGCUGGAAGCGAUGGAGGAGGUUUCAUUGCUCUUGAAGAGGUUGAGAUUGCUGGAAACUCAACCAUCAACAUUUCCAACAGCCACGCUGAAACAGGAAUUGGGGGUGGUUUUUAUGCAGAGAAGGAUUUGAACGUGUCCAGCGGCUCAAGAGUCAUCCUUCGGAAUGCGACGGCUGGAUUGUCUGGAGGAGGAUUUUUUGCCAGCGGCAGGACAUUUAUCAGUCAUUCCACAGUCAGCAUCCAAAAUGCCAGGGCCCGGCUGUAUGGUGCAGGAUUCUAUUCCCAAAAGGAAGUGGUCAUUGAUGAGAUGUCCACUGUCCGCAUUUCCGAUUCAAGAUCUGAAAAAAAAGGUGGAGGUUUCGUAACUGACAAGUGGUUGCGGGUGACCAACAGCUCACUUCUCAGCCUUCAGAAUGUGACCACUGGAGAGAGUGGAGGAGGUUUUGUUGCUCUUGAAGAGGUUGAGAUCGCUGGGAACUCAACCAUGAACAUUUCCAACAGCCACGCUGAAACAGGAAUUGGGGGUGGUUUUUAUGCAGAGAAGGAUUUGAACGUGUCCAGCGGCUCAAGAGUCAUCCUUCGGAAUGCGACGGCUGGAUUGUCUGGAGGAGGAUUUUUUGCCAGCGGCAGGACAUUUAUCAGUCAUUCCACAGUCAGCAUCCAAAAUGCCAGGGCCCGGCUGUAUGGUGCAGGAUUCUAUUCCCAAAAGGAAGUGGUCAUUGAUGAGAUGUCCACUGUCCGCAUUUCCGAUUCAAGAUCUGAAAACAAAGGUGGAGGUUUCGUAACUGACAAGUGGUUGCGGGUGACCAGCAGCUCACUUCUCAGCCUUCAGAAUGUGACCACUGGAGAGAGUGGAGGAGGUUUUGUUGCUCUUGAAGAGGUUGAGAUCGCUGGGAACUCAACCAUGAACAUUUCCAACAGCCACGCUGAAACAGGAAUUGGGGGUGGUUUUUAUGCAGAGAAGGAUUUGAACGUGUCCAGCGGCUCAAGAGUCAUCCUUCGGAAUGCGACGGCUGGAUUGUCUGGAGGAAAGGGUGGAGGUUUUGUCAGUCAGGAUGUGAAGGUGUCCUCUGGCUCAAGACUCAUCCUUUGGAAUGCGACAGCUGGACGGUCUGGGGGCGGAUUCGUUGCAAACGGCAGGACUUUGAUAAUCAGCAUGUCCACAGUCAGCAUUCAACAUGCAACGUCUCGGCAAUAUGGUGGAGCUGGUGGAGGGUUUUAUGCUGGUGACGAUGUUGUAAUCGAUGGAAUGUCCUGUGUCCGCAUUUCCCAUUCAAGAUCUGAAGGAAACGGUGGAGGCAUCGCAACGGGGAAACGGUUGCAGGUGAGCAACAACGCAGUUCUCAGCCUUCAGAAUGUGACCACUGGAAGCAAUGGAGGAGGUUUUGUUGCCCAAAGAGAGGUGGAGAUAGCUGGGAACUCAACUCUAAACAUUUCCAACAGCCAUGCUGAAUCAGGAAAGGGUGGAGGUUUUGUCAGUCAGGAUGUGAAGGUGUCCUCUGGCUCAAGACUCAUCCUUUGGAAUGCGACAGCUGGACGGUCUGGGGGCGGAUUCGUUGCAUACGGCAGGACUUCGAUAAUCAGCAUGUCCACAGUCAGCAUUCAACAUGCCACGUCUCGGCAAUAUGGUGGAGGUUUUUUUGCUGACCACGAAGUUGUAAUUGAUGGGAUGUCCUGUGUCCGCAUUUCCCAUUCAAGAUCUAAAGGAAACGGUGGAGGUUUGGCAACUGAGAAGUGGUUGCAGGUGACCAACAGCUCACUUCUCAGCCUUCAGAAUGUGACCACUGGAAGGAAUGGAGGAGGUUUCCUGGCCUUUGAUGGGGUUGAGAUUGCUGGGGACCCAACCGUGAACAUUUCCAACAGCCAUGCUGGAACAGGAGAUGGGGGAGGUUUUCACACAGGAAGCGGAUUGAACGUGUCCAGCGGCUCAAGAGUCAUCCUUCGGAAUGCGACGGCUGGAAUGUCUGGAGGAGGAUUUUUUGCCAUAGGCUCGGGAGGUCGCGUAGAUGGCCAAGUGCUCCUUUCGUCUCAGUCCAACUUGGUGGUGAAACAGGCGCAAGGUCGUGAGAAUUCCAGCGUGCUGGCAGCAAGUUGCCUCCACCUAAGAGAUCAGUCACGCGUUCUUUUUGAGGAUGUCAUCAGCGGCCAUGGGGUGGAGCUCCAAAACAGUGGAUGCUCCAGAAGUUGCUCAAACAGCACGUUCCAUGUCGCAGCAGAUGCAGUCCUCAACGCCAGUGGUCGUUUUAGCUCAGGUCUUCUAUCCCUUGCAGCCUGCCCAAAGGACCCGAAGGAGAAGGUACGCCUCUCCGGGAUCCACCUCCAGUCGUCCAGUUCGUUGCUCAGCACCCAGCCAAGUGUCCCAAGCUCUGUGGUGGUCGACCAAGUGACUAUCGACUACGAGCCACCUGUCAACAAUUUACAGAUCCUAGCUGCCAAGGAUGGCUUCGAGAUCGACUCUUUGACUGUUUCGUGCCAGAACUGCACCUGGGGCAUUACUUUGAGUGCAACGAAGGACGGAAAGCAGCUAAGUACCGUGAGCUCUGAACAUCUCCAGUGCUCCAAAACAGCCACAGUGUCGAAAGGAAAGACACAACAUUGCAAGUGUUCCGGCUACCAGAUUGCAGCCAAAAACUUGCAAGAUUUGGUGCCCUUGGAAAGAACAUUCGAGACGUGCACAUUCUGUAAGCCCCACUUCUACUUUCAAAAUGGCGAUUGUCAGAAGUGUGGAAUCUUGAUUGCCUGGUCUGAUGGAAGAACGGAUUCUUGCAAUGUUCUACCAGGCAAGACGGAGUUGAUCACGCUUUUGACAGGUGCUGCAGUCAUGGUCUUGUUGACUUUCUUCGCCUUCGAGAUUUUGAAGGCUCCUUUGGUGAUCGUUGAUGCAAAGUCAGAUUUGGCAGACCCGACACAAGCUGAAAGCAAGAGGAUGUUCACGCUUUCAGUGCAAGGGCCCAUAGUUGAUCUUCACGAUAGCCUGUCUCGAUUGGUGCACUGGUGGGUGCGUUAUCAGGCGAAGGGAACGGGCUUGAGAUGGCUAGACUAUGAUCACAAGAAGACCAAGGCAGUCAAAGUUCACAACAUUGCACACAGAAGGCUUUUGCUGCAAAACACGAAUCCCGAUUUUGAUUGCGCUUCGUGCAAGGGUUCUUUGCAUGCCGUUGGUUUUAUAAACUUGCUCGGCUUGAUCACUGUAUGCAUAUCAGUGAUAACAAUGCUACCUGUAAUCAUCCAAGUAGCAGUGAUCUCCGGAAACGGUGUGAAGCAUGUUUCCGUUACAUCAAUCUAUAUGACUGUUCCUUGUGUUGUUCUUGCUGCUGUGCUGCAUUGGCCAGUGGCCUGGCUGAUCCAAUGGCGAUAUCAUAGGACAUCAUUUUCACGGGCUUUGGAUGAGUACAGUGAGCAGAUCAAGUGCAAGCCAGCCGCAGGGUCUGAUGCAAGCCAUCCUCGCAAUCAGGGCUUGGAGGUUCUGACUUUGCGCGGCUUGUGGAAGCACUUCGAGAGCUUCAUUCUGGAGCGCAAUAUGCACUUUGUGGUUGCCAACAUAGUAAUGCCCGUGACACAAAGCAAACGAAUCUCCUUUGUAACUCUUUGGGGUGGCAGGCAGGUCGAUUAUUUUGUGUCUCAUUGCUGGGGCGGCAGCUUUCCACACUUAGUGCAAUCCAUUGAGUGCCAUGCUCUGUCCAAAGAGGGCCCCGCUUCUUGGUUCUAUGCAGCAUAUUGGAUCUGUUCGUUUGCGAACAACCAGUGGAACAUCGGAGCCGAACUGUGA